AUGUGGAAUGAGUUUUACCGCUGUAGUACAGAGAUGGUAUUAACAAAGCAAGGAAGAAGGAUGUUUCCUUAUUGUCGCUACUGGGUAUCGGGUAUGGACCCUUACCAGAAGUACAUCCUUGCUAUGGACAUCACUCCAUUGGACACUCACAAAUACAAGUGGAAUGGCAAGUGGUGGGAGCCUGGUGGGAAAGCAGAGCCGCAUGUACUAGGAAGAGCGUUCAUUCAUCCCGAGUCUCCAUCAACUGGGCAGUACUGGAUGCACCAACCUGUUUCCUUCUAUAAGCUGAAGUUAACCAAUAAUAUUUUGGACCAAGAAGGUCACAUCAUCCUCCACUCUAUGCACCGCUACUUGCCAAGGCUACAUGUUAUCCCUGCUGACAAGGCCACAGAAACCUUCACCUUCCCACAGACGGAGUUUUUUGCAGUGACCGCAUAUCAGAAUGUUCAGAUUACCCAACUAAAGAUUGACUGCAAUCCUUUUGCCAAAGGCUUUAGGGAAGGGACUAUGGUGGGGCGGCCUUCUAAAGAAGGGAAGCCUAAGAGUUUUGCACAAGUAAAAGAUUCACCAGAUAGCAAAAAGUUAGAGCAUGAUGAUCCAGAAAGCACUGAAAAACUAAAAGAGUCUCUUUCAUUGUCUGAGCAUUCUGAUGCUGACACUGAAAAUGAAUCUUUCAUUGCCAAACAAGAAUUAAAGAGUCUUCCAAAUUCUCAGAGUACAGUUCUACAGAAUUUACUUCUGAAACUAAAUCAACUUCACAGGUAA